CGGGUCCUUAUCCAGCAAACCUGGAAGCUACAGAGAUUGAGAGAGAGGAACAAACAAACAAACGAGCUCAUCCACAACAUCGAUAAGUACAAUAAAUAAUGCUUAUAUUAAAUAUGAACACUGACAAGUGUGAAAUGUAUGUACUAAGACAGAGAAGUUAACAUGUGUCGACCCACAUUGUUAACUUAUCUGAUAACGGAGCAGGGAGGAGUGAUGAAUGUGUGCAUGCGUUAAAGUAACAAAUGCUGCCCGGACUUCUACGUCACAUAUGUAUGAUAUAGCCUAGUCAGGCUAUGCCUUUCAAUAAGCUGUGAUGUCUAAAUGUGACAGGUUAGAUUAGUGGUACGUGAUGCAAGCAAGAAUUCCCUGAUGACUGCCAAUAUGGGCCCAGCAGCAAAAGACCCAAUCUCAACAGCAUGGAACACAGUCAUGGUCAAGUUCAAAUGCUGUGGUUUUGAGAACUCGACUGUAGAUUUCAAGGACAACCAUUGGUUUGAACUACCCUAAGACUUGCUGCGUGAACAAGACCCUUGCAGACUGUGACGGUAUCACCAUCACUCCAAGUCUGAUCCAACCACAGUUAUUCUCCAUGAUCCUUGCCAUGGUUUUGUUUGAAGUUGGGGCUCAUGAGGCAUCCAUAGUGAAGCCAAAGGGUCCAUCCACACCUGGAGGACACCAACAACCCCCACAGGCAACAAUAAAGUUCUGCUAAACAAUAAAAAUUAGUGUGUUUUCCUUAGAUGAAAUCAUAUCUGUUAUUUUAGUUAAAUUAAAAGUUGAAUAUGUUAUUUUUUAAAGCUAUGUACUUUGUUUUCACUGGGAAGGGGAAACCUAGUCAGUUGUACAACUGAAUUUUAAUUUUAGUGCUCACAAAUAUGACAACAGCACCCUCAUGUGAAAUGAUUAAUUAGUGAAGUGUAGAGGGAAGACAUUUUUAAGGUGACUUGAUAUGCAAUAGCUGCUUCUAUUUAAACAAAAUAGCUGAUUGAUGUAGAUCUAUUUUUUGCUUUUAGAAUUAUUAUUAUUAUUUUCACAUGUAUUCAUCUGCCACUAUUGUUUCUUAAUGUGUAGAAUAUGUCUUAUUCAAAAAGUGACACUUGAAGGCAACAUCUAAAAUCCAGGACCGUGUCCACAUCACAGUGGAUUUUGUGUAUGACUUUGGCUUGAUCAAUCUUUAAUGGAAGGAGACCAACAACAUGUACUGUACUAAACAUCAUGUACUAAACAGGCAAACAUCAGAGUUAGACAUUACAGUUAGUGUUCACCAUAAAGUUGAAUAAUAGUGUAACCUUUCCGGUUGAGCUUUAGAUUAAUUCCUAACUGAAUUAAAAGGGUGUUCAGUCCACAUAGUGUAUAAUAAUUCUUCAGUGAUCAAAUGGAAAGAAAUGGGGGUGUUUAUAACAGCUGGUUAUAGAGUACCACCGUGUGAGUUAUAAUACCCAUAAAACGGGCAAAUGGUUACAAUAGUUUUUCCACAUUGAAUUUUUUUCCAUCGGGGAUUUUAGAAACACUUCAAAUAAGGGCUGUGUUUCGUGAAGGCCUACCCUGGCGUGACAUUUUGAUAACUGUAAAUCUCUCUAGGACAAGGUAACUUUUAUCAAUAACCUCGCAUGUAUUUACCUCCCAAAAAUGAAACGCUAAUAAGCUGCUAAUGUGGCUGUCAUAAAGAACUACAAAUGCCAUGAUCUGGAUGAGAAGGUAAGAAUCUCUGGAUUAACUAUCUAAUGUUAGUUAAAUGUAGUAGUUUAAUAAAUUUGCUACAUUUCAUUAAAUAGACAAUUCUGUGAACUGUUGUGCACGCUUUAAAUUGACAAAAUAACUGUUAGUAAAGGUGACAGCUACAGAUUGCAGGGAUUUGUAGUUUUCCAUGGUGUCUACUUUAAUUAGGAUUUUUGAAUCGGUGCAAAUAGAGCUGAAUAUAUUGAUAAAAUACAUCUUGUCCAAUAGAGAUUUACAUGGCUAUCAAAACAUCAUGCCAAGGUAAGCCUACAUGAAAAGCAGUCUUAAGUUUUAAGUGUUUCUAAAAAUCCCCUAUUGGAAAAAUGAAUGGUGGAAAAACGUCUGGAACCAUUUCCCUGUUUGAUCGCUAGGUUUUAUGGUAUAUUGACACCUCCACUGUGGGGCUCUAUAUAAUUUCAGUGAGACUGGAAUUCAUUUGAACUGGUGUUAACUUUUAGAGUUUUCCAUCUCCAGUGAGUUAUACAGUUUACAGAACAUUGUUAAUAUGUAACGGGUCACAUAAGAGGCUUGGCGUGUGCCAUUUGAGUCAAACAACACACAUAUAAUCCCGAAUUAAUGAUUUAAUAUAAAAUGUAGGCUGUUAUAAAACUGCAGUUUCUUAUCCUAUUAUUUUGCCAAGAUAUGCAUAAAAUGGGCCAUGGCCAUAUUAUAAACUAAUAAACGAAGAAAUAGCCAUGUUGACGUUGAUGUUCUUUGAUUAAAUGUUAUGGCAGGUUUGCAAAGUGUUCGUGGCAUUGAGACGGUUUUGUCUGGAAGGGAUACAGCUUUUGUCAAAACAUUUUCGUAGCCGUUUUAGGAGAACUUACGCAGCAGGUUAGGAUAACGAGGUUAACGUUACAAAAAUGUUUAGGGUUAGCUAAAAUGCGACAACAAAAAAUAUAUACUUUUUACGUCAAUUUGACAAAAGCAAUAUCCCUUCUAGAUAUGACCCAUUGAGUUUGCGGAUGUUGAAGGAGGAGUCGAUCCAGUCCUCGUUCGUUUUCCCACACAGCUUUCGAGCACUUGACGCUUCCCUGCAACUCUUCUCAAAUUACAGAUUCCACAGCUCAAUGCAACUUCUGUUCUUAAAGCAGAAUCAAUCAACCCUCCACUCAGCUUGUUAUUAAGACAAUUUGCUAGUUAAUGUUUUUCCUCAAACCCUUCUGAGUAGUCUACUUUUCGACAGGUGUUUUGGGCAGAGUGCCCGGAAGAAAAAAAUGUCCAAUGGGAAAGAUGCACCUGCUGCGGCGAACUCCUCACAGAUGACCCUGCAGGUGUGCCUUGAGGAGUGUAUGGAGGCCCUGGACCUCUUCCUCAACAACCACUUCAGUGAGAGCCUGGACAAACUGCGACCACGGGUGAAAGAGAGCAUGUACCAUGCUCUGAUCUACGCCACUGUGCUGGAGAUGCAGGCUAUGAUGACCUUCCAGCAGGAUGACAUCGUCAAUGCAGGCAACACCAUGAAGAGUGCCCAGGAGGUCUGCCAGAGGUUUCGACGAAAGUCCUCUAGUAAUAUCAGUAAAUCACCUGGAGAGCGUUUAACUGAAGAGCAGCUCCAUGCUCUCCAUGCUGAUGCGUGUUAUGCUGAAUGCUUGCUCCAAAGGGCUGCUCUCACCUUCCUACAGGAUGAGAACAUGGUGAGUUUUAUCAAAGGAGGAAUCAAAGUACGCAACAGUUAUCUGAUUUACAAGGAGCUGCACACCUUCCUACAGUCCAACAGCUCUCUCCAAGGACCCAACCACAUUCACUUAGAGGGAGGAGUGUCUUUUGGGAUCGGAGCAUUCAACUUGACUCUUUCCAUGUUUCCACCUCGGUUACUCAAAGUUUUAGAGUUUGCUGGCUUCUCUGGAGACAAGGAGUAUGGUCUGUCCCAGCUGAAUGAUGGUGCCACUACAAACAACCUGCGCUCCAUGCUGUGUGCCUUGCUGUUGCUCUGUUACUACACCUUCCUCACCUUCAUACUCGGGACCGGUGAGGGGGACGUGGCUGAUGCUGAGAAGCUGCUGAAGCCUUUCCGGCUCCGCUACCCACAGGGGGCCAUAUUUCUCUUCUUUGCAGGCAGGGCUGAGGCAAUCAAGGGGAACAUCGAUGAGGCGGUGGUGCUGUUUGAGGAUGGCUGCAAAGCUCAGCAGCAGUGGAAGCAGUUUCACCACAUGUGCUACUGGGAGCUGAUGUGGUGCUUCACCUACAAGUGCGCGUGGCGGAUGGCCUACUUUUACGCUGACCUACUGAGCAAUGAGAGCCGCUGGUCCAAGGCUAUGUAUGUGUACAUGAAGGCUGCUUACCUGAGCAUGCUUGCCCCGGGGGAGGCUAGGCCUUUUGGGGAAGAUGAGGUGGAGCUCUUCAGACGAGUGUCCACCUUCAAGCAAAAGAUAGCAGGGAAGUCUCCACCCACAGAGAAGUUUGCCAUUCGCAAGGCUCGACGUUACAAAGCUAGCUGCCCAGUGAGGCUCCCAGUACCUGUGCUGGAGAUGAUGUACAUGUGGAACGGAUUCUCCAUGAUCAGCAAGCGGCCAGAGCUGACCGAAGGCAUGCUGCAAACACUGGUGGAGGCAGAGCGCACCCUGCUGGAAUCUCCCGUGAAUGAGUAUUCAAUGGAUGACCGCUGUGUGAUCUACCUACUGAAGGGGCUGUGUCUGAAGAACCAGCGGCACAUUCAGGCUGCAGAGGAAUGCUUCAACAAGGUGUACAACAGUGAGAAGAAGAUCAAGUUUGACCAUUACCUAGUGCCCAACGCUCUGCUGGAGCUCAGUGUGGUCUACAUAGACACGGGCCGCAAGGAGGAGGCCAUCAAACUACUGGUGAAAGCCAAAACUAACUACAAGGAGUACUCCAUGGAGUCACGCACCCAGUUCAGGAUCCAUGCUGCUCUCUCCAAACUCAAGGCUGACACUAGUGACCAAGAUGAAAUCACACCACUGUAGUAUAACAGGUGUCAUUGUGCUGAGCAAGCACUGGACUUGCAUCCCCUGCCAUGUGUAGACGUUCCGGGAAGACUUGCUCUCGUUUACAUACUCAGCCACUUUGAUCACUGCCUCCAAAUGUUACUUGCUUUGUGGUGAAAGUCUCCGUCCUUCAUGGAUGGUGAUCUUUCCCUGAUUUUAAAACACUUGAGUUUUGAAUGGGAGUUGGUAGAAGUUGCCUCUACCUGCUGGUUCUAGAUCAGAGGCAUUUUAUCCACCUACUGCGUGAACACCCUGAUCCUACAUCUGUACUGGUUACCCAGAACAGUAGAUGGGGAGGCAGUUGCUCAAAACAAUUUGAAUAUGGUAUAUCCACAUUUUUUGUGGGGAAAAACAUGUUGAAAUGAACUUAUUAACAAUGUAAGUUGAGGUAGAGUUUUGCUUUUAACUUCUCCAAAAGUGAUUACUGUAAGCAUUUUGACAAAAGCACCCAUUUAGUGAUAAUUGAGUUAGACAGACAGACGACUACAUAACGUAUGACAUUGCUUUGAUCCAAGUUAUUUUAACAAAUGUAUUAACAUUUAUGUAUUAGUAGAUUUAGAAGAAGCUUAAUAAUCAAUAGGUAAUGCUACAUUUGAAGUCAUAAGUUUACAUACACCUUAGUCAAAUAUAUUUAAACUCAGUUUUUCACAAUUCCGGACAUUUAAUCCGAGUAAAAAUUCCCUGUCUUAGGUCAGUCAGGAUCACCACUUUAUUUUACGAAUGUGAAUGUCAGAAUAAUGGUAUAGAAUGAUUUCAGCUUUUAUUUCUUUCAUCACAUUCCCAGAGGGUCAGAAGUUUACAUAUACUCAAUUAGUAUUUGGUAGCAUUGCCUUUAAAUUUUUUAACUUGGGUCAAAUGUUUUGGACAGCCUUUCACAAGCUUCCCACAAUAAGUUGUGUGAAUAUUGGCCCAUUCCUCCUGACAGAGUUGGUGUAACUGAGUCAGGUUUGUUGGCCUCCUUGCUCGCACAUGCUUUUUCAGUUCUGCCCACAAACUGUCUAUAGAAUUGAGGUCAGGACUUUGAUGGCCACUCCAAUACCUUGACUUUGUUGUCCUUAAGCCAUUUUGCCACAACAUUGGAAGUAUGAUUGGGGUCAUUGUCCAUUUGGAAGACCCAUUUGCGACCAAGCUUUUAACUUCCUGACUGAUGUCUUGCUGUUGCAUCAAUGUAUCCGCAUCAUUUUUCUUCCUCAUGAUGCCAUCCAUUUUGCCACCCCCGUGCUUCACAGUUGGGAUGGUGUUUUUCUGCUUGCAAGCCUCCCCCUUUUUCCUCCAAACAUAACGACUGUCAUUAUGGCCAAACGGUUGUAUUUUUGUUUCAUCAGACCAGAGGACAUUUCUCCAAAAAGUACGAUCUUUGUCCCCAUGUGCAUUUGCAAACCGUAGUCUGGCUUUUUUUAUGGCGGUUUUAGAGCAGUGGCUGAGUGGCCUUUCAUGUUAUGUCGAUAUAGGACUCGUUUUACUGUGGCUAUAGAAACCUUUACCUGUUUCCUCCAGCAUCUUCAUAAGGUCCUUUGCUGUUCUGGGAUUGAUUUGCACUUUUCGCAUCAAAGUACGUACAUCUCUAGGAGACAGAACGCGUCUCCUUCCUGAGCGGUAUGACGGCUGUGUGGUCCCAUGGUGUUUAUACUUGCGUACCUUCAGGUGGUACCUUCAGGUGUUUGGAAAUUGCUCCCAAGGAUGAAGCAGACUUGUGGAGGUCUACAAUUUCUGAUUUUUGAUUUUCCCAUGAUGUCAAGCAAAGAGGCACUGAGUUUGAAGGUAGUCCUUGAAAUAGAUCCACAGGUACACCUCCAAUUGACUCAAAUUAUGUCAAUUAGCCUGUCAGAAGCUUCUAAAGCCAUGACAUUUUCUGGAAUUUUCCAAGCUGUUUAAAGGCACAGUCAGCUUUGUAUGUAGACUUCUGACAAACUGGAAUUGUGAUACAGUGAAUUAUAAUUGAAAUAAUCUGUCUUUAAACAAUUGUUGGAAAAAUUACUUGUGCACAAAGUAGAUGUCCUAACCAACUUGCCAAAACGAUAGUUUGUUACAAGAAAUGUGGAGUGGUUGAAACACUUAGGUUGGAGUCAUUAAAACUAGUUUAUGUACACUUCAGACUUCAACUGUAUGUUGUCCCUGCUGCAAUGUACAGAGGAAAGUAGUCAGUUGAAAUAAGUUUAACCUCACUAACCUCUGAUAUUCAUUACUUCAAAUAAAGUUUAGACUGUCACUCAAGACCUUGUACAAAGAAAGGUGUGGUUAAAAGAUUUGAAAAACAUAAUUAAAUAUGUCCAUUUGCUACAAGCCCUUUUAUUAUAUUUUACUGGAGCAUAUCUCAGUUGAGUGUAACCUGUUCUUGUCCAUAUUGGCUUAUAAAUAACAAACUGAUUAAGAGGUGACAUUGUGACGUUACAGAAAGAUUUAUGACUAGUGCCUAAGCGGAGUGUACAAAAUAUUAUGAACACCUGCUCUUUGCCUGACACUGACUGCGCUGUGAUCCCUUAUUGAUGAAUGGGAGGAGACGGGUUAAAGGAUUUUUACACCUUGACAAUUGAGACAGAUUUUGUAUGUGUACCAUUCAGAGGGUGAAUGGACAAUUCAAGUGCCUUUGAACAGGGUAUGGUACUGGUACUGGUACUGGGUUUGUGUCAAGAACUGCAACGCUGCUGGAUUUUUCACAUUUUAACAGUUUCCUGUGUGUGUAUCAAGAAUGGUUCACCACCCAAAAGACAUCCAGCCAAAUUGACACAGGUGUGGGUAGCAUUGGAGUUAACAUGGGCCAUGAUCCCUGUGGAACAUGCUCGACACCUUGUAGAGUCAAUGCCCUGACAAAUUGAGGCUGUUCUGAGGGCUAAAGGAGGAGGUGUAACUCAAAUAUUAGGAAGGUGUUCUUAAUCUUUUGUAUAAUGUGUAUAAACUUACCUGCUACUUCCUUGAUGAACUUAAUCAGUGGAUCAUGACAUCACACUCAGUGUCAAUCAUGGGGCGGCAGGUAGCCAAGUGGUUAGAGCGUUGGGCCAGUAACUCAAUGGUUGCUGGAUUGAAUCCCCAGCUGACGAGUUAAAAAUCUGUUGUUCUGCCCCUGAACAAUGCACUGUUCCGCGGUAGGCCGUCAUUAUAAAUGAGAAUUUGUUCUUCACUGACUUGCCUAGUUAAAUAUCAAAUCAAAUUUAUUUAUAUAGCCCUUCGUACAUCAGCUGAUAUCUCAAAGUGCUGUACAGAAAUCCAGCCUAAAACCCCAAACAGCAAGCAAUGCAGGUGUAGAAGUACGGUGGUUAGGAAAAACUCCCUAGAAAGGCCAAAACCUAGGAAGAAACCUAGAGAGGAGCCAGGCUAUGUGGGGUGGCCAGUCCUUUUCUGGCUGUGCCGGGUAGAGAUUAUAACAGAACAUGGCCAAGAUGUUCAAAUGUUCAUAAAUGACCAGCAUGGUCGAAUAAUAAUAAGGCAGAACAGUUGAAACUGGAGCAGCAGCACGGCCAGGUGGACUGGGGACAGCAAGGAGUCAACAUGUCAGGUAGUCCUGGGGCAUGGUCCUAGGGCUCAGGUCCUCCGAUAGAGAGAAAGAAAGAGAAUUAGAGAGAGCAUAUGUGGGGUGGCCAGUCCUCUUCCGGCUGUGUCGGGUGGAGAUUAUAACAGAACAUGGCCAAGAUGUUCAAAUGUUCAUAAAUGACCAGCAUGGUCGAAUAAUAAUAAGGCAGAACAGUUGAAA